CGGGUUUUAAAAAUUACCCAAACUUGGAUGGUCUGAAGAAUGCACCCCGGAAAUCUUGAACGGAAUUCGGGUACAACGAUGGCGGACCACACCCCUUCCUAACGGAGUACUUACCCCGGGGCCUUGUACCGGAUAACUAGGGCUUGACAUCUAUUAUCUGUGAGCUUAAAACAUGGAAACAUGGCACAACACCAGAAGUUUUGUGUAAACUGUAACCACGGUUACCACAACACAGACAUUUGUUAACCACAAAUACCACAAGUAUUGACAAAGUGAAAGUGUACAGUAUCCGAAACAUUGACCAUGUUGAAAUUUGUUUCACGAAAACCUCCAAAGGGAAAAGCUGGGGGUCAACAGUAUUCUGAUUAUCAUAGCCAAGAAUCACAAGCUCCUAAAGCACACCAGACAAGGCUUUUUCGCACGAGGGUUUCUCCCGGAAUGAGAAGCCCUCCAAGUUUCGACCCCGUUAAGGGAGAUAAGUCUCAUAUACACAUGUCUGAUAAUUCAGGAAGGGACAGUUUGGGAUAUGACGCUACCAGUGAAGUUCAGACCGAGUGUGUAUAUGACAAUUUGGACAAGGUCAAAGAAAGGUCAAGGCAGAUGCAGGAAAAUGGUCAGGAUUUCAGUUACGAUUCAUCUGACCUCACAAGGUCAAGGUCACCAAGCAACUUGAGUUCAGAAUCAUCACCUUAUGGAAGUUUACGGAAAAAAUACGAAAAACAUCAGGAUCCACGGCGGAGUGGUCAUGGGUACCGUCACGUGACAUGGAGUCCUGAUGUUACCAAUGGUGACAAUUUAUCAAUGAUCGGUGAGAAAUACGAAUCACCUGCGGGGAAUCUGCAACAUAAGUCUCCGUACAAUAUGGCCACAAGGACUUACAUGGCUGACGAUUACGUCCAUCGCAAACCUGAUCUGUCACAUAUACGUUACACGGUCGGUAAUGUGAAGGAUUGUAUACAAACAGUACCAGGCCCGAAUAUACAUGGGUCGGGAAGGACAGUCAACAUGUCCGAACAAUUCAGGGGAGAUAAGCGUGCCAGAGAUUUCCAUAUCUCCCGGAAUAAACCUGUGCAAUCAUCAUCAUUGACUUCAACCGAUUCAAAUUUGAGUGACAUUCAUUUAGGACCUCGUCAAUUUCCAAGGGACCUGGAACAGUCCCUUGUUGAUCCGUCCCUGGGGACAGAAAGUGCCCCUAACUAUGCAUAUUACACAACACUCCCUGCCAAUUUUAGUAUGCGAUCAAAUUUUGUGUUUUCUCCGCGUGUUUGUAGUACACCGAUAAAAGAUUUGUCCAAAACAAAAGAUAGACCAAGAUUAAAAGUCAUCAUUCCGCCAAAGGAAAGUGAUUUUCUAUCGACCAAUCAGCACACAUUCCAAAGUCAUGUGACCAACACAGAGACAUCAGACGGAGUGACCAGCGAUGGAAAUGAUGAGUACGAUAACAUCGUCACGGAACAAGAUCAAGUAGAUUAUGGACGAAAAACAAGCAACAUUGCAGGACAGGGUGUAUUUAAAAUGGAGAAUCUCUCAGAACGAAAUGUGGCAAAAGGGAAGAGUCAAUCUACACAAUCUAAAACUAAUUAUCGUGGGUUGUUUAAUACUUCGCAGUCAGGGCCUAGUCAUAAGGAUCAACUAAUACAACAGUCUCCCUCUAAACAGUCUGAUAAAAUGGAUCAUAAUCAAAAACAGGUCCGCAGAGGAUUUCCCAGACUUUUUCUCCCAAAGGAAAAAUCUUGGAAUAAAGCUCAUACGGAUAGUCACCCAGAAGUGGUUGGCAUGACGUCCAGUAUUCAUGAUCACCCUUCUGUGAGUGGACAUCCAACCACCGGAACCACCACCACCAUGGAAUCGACAGGAUUUCACGAUAGAAGAGACGGAUAUUAUCACCAUUUGGACAGUUUAGUGAGAGCUCCUAGGAUAAUUCCUGAGCCAAAACGAGUUGAAACAGGACCAGUUUUGUAUCAGCAGAUAAGGAAAGGCCUCGAACAACAAUCUAAGGGAGGUUAUCCCAGUGGGAGGUAUAUGGAACAGCCUUCUUCACGCAAGGUGAUGACAUCGUGUGUUCCCCAAGUCAAUCAUGAGGUGAAACAUGAAUCAGUGAAAAAAUAUCAGUACUCCCCAAGAGAGCCUCCGGCAUCAGGCUCCAACACACCGGGCACAAACAUGUCUACCCUACGAGACAUGAUCAACAGGGCACAGGUAGAGGAUGACCAGCUGGUUCUGGACCUCGUGUACAUCACGGAAAGGAUUAUCUCAAUGUCCUUUCCAUCUGAUGAACAUGAAGCUACAUACAGUUAUAACCUCAAAGAGGUGAUGAACAUGCUCCGCACAAAACACGACGACAAUUGUCUGGUCAUCAACUUGUCGGAGCCAAGGCAAGACCUGGAGAAAUUUAACCCGAAGCAUGUGAUAGACUACGGAUGGCCCGACUACCUGGCCCCGCCCCUGGAGCGUCUCUGUAACAUAUGUAAGGCCAUGGACUCCUGGCUAAGUACCGACGCACGUCAUGUUGUCGUUGUACACUGCAAAGGCAGCACGUCACGAAUAGCUGUCGUCAUAGCAGCCUUCAUGCACUACUGCAGCAUCUGCGCCAGUGCUGACCAGGCAUUAGACAGAUUUGCUAUGAAAAGGUUCUACGACGACAAGCUAGGGGGGAUAACUCUUCCUUCCCAAAUCAGAUACGUAGAAUAUUUCUACGGUCUACUAUCGGGUGCGAUAAAGAUCAACAGUAACCCGCUGUAUCUCCACCAUAUCGUCAUUCAUGGGGUGCCCAACUUCGACACACAGGGGGGGUGUCGGCCCUUUAUCAAGGUUUACCAGGGGAUGCAGAACAUCUUCACGUCAGGUGUCUAUAAUGUGACCGACCAGAUGCAGAAGGUGUGUAUUUCCAUUUCGCCGGGAAUCCCGCUGCGCGGGGACAUCAUGAUUAAAUGUUACCACAAAAAGGCCAAGACAGGACAAAGGGAGGUGGUAUGGGCAUGUCAGUUUCACACCUGCGCCAUCUCUGGAUACACUGUCACUUUCGCCAAGAAUGAUCUCGACGAUGCCAGAUCAGACCCUCGAUUUCCAGACUCGGGAAAGGUGGAGUUUGUGUAUGGUAACAGUCAAGAUAGCAAUGUUAGAGACGUGUCUGAAGUGACAGAUUUCAAGUCGGAUGUCACAGUUCCGGUGGACGACGGCUCCGACGCUCUGGUGAGGUGGGAUUCCUAUGAAAAUUUUUCAAAUGUCAAAAAUGCUGAUGGGACAAUUAAUGAUGUGAACGAAAACACUGUGACAUCUUCACCAAGAGAGGGCGCCACCCGCUCCAUCCGAGAACAGCACUCACAUGGCCCAGUAGAUGGCAGUCUGUACGCUACUGUCACUAAACGCAAGCAUGAACAUGUCGAAACCACGAGCAGUACACUUUUUCAAAAUGGCACGUCACAUGAUCAACAAAACGGCUCCCAUACAUCCAGCGUGGAUUCGGGUAUCUCUGCAUCCUCUUCCGGUGUUGCAGGAAACACCAGUUCAAACAUGAACACGACAAGUACCAGCGUGAAUAUUACUCCACAAUAUACAAGUAAUGUCAAUAACAACGAUUCGUUACACCAAAGCUUUUCUUCUACGUUGAAUUCUUCCAAAUCGAGCUACAAUAAUGGUGUUUCUGGUGGACAGAAGAAGACAGUUCCGCCGUUGGACGAGCAAACACAAUUGGACAUGAUUUUAAGUGACCUACUGAAUGAUUCGGUGUUUGUGUCGAGUCCUCAGAGUCCCCCUAAAAGUGGUGCUAAUUCUGUUUCCAAGGACACUCGGACUUUCCGUACAUAUGACACACAAUCCACUCCGGAUGGCAAAACUAUGUACCAAACUGCGGAGGUUACAUAUAAAAUCCCCGGGGGUUACAAGGAGGAAAGAAAUUACACCAUGACUAAAACAGAGGAGAAGUCUUAUGUGCCUAAGAAUGCAUUUAGUUACACAUCAGGGCCUACGUCCCCGGAACUUCAGCGUAAGGCUGAAAGUCCCAAGACUCACUCACUGCCUUAUAGAACAGACUAUGAUAACCGCUAUUACAGCAAUAACGAAUCGACCUUUAAUCGUACCAUGGACAGCUCACGAUCCAUGUCUCCGAAUGAACAGACUUCAUCUUGGCUCCAGGAGCAGCAACAGAAACUCCGACAGCGAAAGGACAGCAAAGACGAGAAAACAGUACAACAGGAACGCCAGCUGGUCGAGGAACUCAAGACAGCACAAAAUAAGUACUUUAUGAAGCGUGCCCAUAACCAAGCCGAGGAACAGGCGACGAUGGAUACAUAUCGAACCUCGCCGCCACCCGUGUCCAAUGGACCCGUUUCGUCGUCCUACGUCGUGACUCAAAACCACUCAUACUCAACAGAUCGAUCUGCCCACGAGCCGGUCCGGUCCUUCUCGCCUCCAAAUUUUACAGGUGACUCCUUCUUUAACUCAUCCUACAAGUCCACUAGCACCUCAUCAACACAAAAACCACCCCCAUCCCCGGGCCAGCAACGAGCCCCGCCCCCUCUAACAUCCCCUGUCACCCCUCCUGUCAGAUCAAGUAGCAAAGACUUCAUGCAACGCUCCCGCAACACAAGCACUAGUUCAUGGCAGGGGCGUGUCGGACAGAAGGAACCCGAACAGGAUAUUAAACCGGCCGUAAUAAGGGCUAUUAGUAUAACAACCCCUCCCCAAUCCCCUCGCCCAUUCUCUCCCGUUCAAAAGCAGCAGACGUACCAAGUGUCCACAACACGGACCACGGUCGAAAAGCAGCAACCCCAACAACGGGACCAGAAUUUAGAUAUACAGAUGACCUUGCCAGUGCACGCACCCACCAAAACCAAGAUCACGGAGGUGCAGGAGGUUAGCCACCCCGAGGGUCAGAAGAAAUCCCAUUACAUCACUGAAGUUUACGUUCACCGGACAGCUGGAGCCGACGGGACAGGCACGACGCAAAGGAGCACAACAGCAGAGCAGAAGGAAAAGGUAGAAAAGGAACGCAACCGAUUAGAAGAACUGGAGAAAUCUCUUCAGGCUGCUUCUAAUUCCAUCAUAGCCACAACGCCAUGGCAACAACAACAACAACAACAACAACAAAAGAGCUACUCUACAACAGAGCGUCAUGUCACAAGGCGUGUGGAGACGAGGAAGUAUGAAACACAACAACAGCAACAGUUUCAGCAGCAGACACAGUCUGUGAGUAGUUUUGAUGGACAAGGAGAGGCUCCGCCCCUUUCCCCACCUCCUCACCAGAGAAGCACGUCACCUGAGUGGGAUAACAUGAAUAUGCAUGGUUCAAUUACGGUAGCAGAAGGAAAUGGAAAAGAUGCAAAUUUUCCAAGAAGAUUAUCAGAGGCGACCUCUCUGCCAGGGUCAAAGUUCAAUAGUUUACCAAGGUCAGAGGUCAGCGAGACAAGUGAGGUGGAUGCCAGGAUGUCCUUUGUGGAAGCUAACACUGCUCUGAACAAACUUCUUGGGGAGUUGACUGCCUGGACUAAAGAAACACCGGAAAUGACCUUGAACUACAACCUUGACUCCCGAACCGUAACCGUAACUGCAGAUAUGUCUGACACUGAGAAGAAAAACCUCAGAAGUAUUGAUCAGAAACAGGAAAUGGUCGAGGUCAGUCCGGACACACUUACAGUCACUAAAGGUAGUACAGAUAAGAUGGGAGAUAACUCUAGACCCAGGGGGAAUGAACUGGAGGUCCAGUGGGGUAGCUGUAGUCGCAGAAGUAGUAGAGAUGAGCUGGAAAGUGGCCGAGGAGACGGAGAUUUCCUCGGAGAGACCAGGACUCGCGAAGAACUUUUAUGGGGCAGCAAUAGCCGGAGGGGAAGUCGGGAUGAGAUGAGAUCACAAGAUGGCAGCCGAAGGGGAAGUCGGGAUGAAAUAAGAUCACAAGAUGGCAGCCGAAGGGGAAGUCGGGAUGAGAUGAGAUCACAAGAUGGCAGCCGAAGGGGAAGUCGGGAUGAAAUAAGAUCACAAGAUGGCAGCCGAAGGGGAAGUUGGGAUGAGAUGAGAUCACAAGAUGGCAGCCGGAGGGGAAGUCGAGAUGAAAUAAGAUCACAAGAUGGCAGCCGGAGGGGAAGUCGGGAUGAAAUAAGAUCACAAGAUGGCAGCCGGAGGGGAAGUCGAGAUGAAAUAAGAUCACAAGAUGGCAGCCGGAGGGGAAGUCGAGAUGAGGUUGAAGCAGGACAAAAAGUAGACUUUUAUAUUGCAACUAGUCAGCAAGUACCUACUCCAUGCAGCCUUGUUGCCAGAGAAUUCAGACCAUACAAUCAAGAAGUCCUGACUGAUGAUCAGAUUGAUGUGCCUGUUCCAAGCUUUGGAUUGCAAUCACAGACCGUCACAGAUUCAUCAGAAAUCUGCCCUGUUACCGGCGCAAGGAGUGCUGAGAGACGGGAACAACAUGUUGCCAUGAUACACGAAGAACAACCUGGAAUGAAGACGACUCGUUCACAACAGCAUGACUACACUACUUCAACGAAACAUUUCCAACCAGACGUGACCAUCAACCACAAAGGGGCUACGUCCAACUGGUCUGCCCAGAUGAAUUCAGAAUCAAACUCAGAAAGAAAGGCUGGUCAGUUGGUCCAAAAUAUGGCCGCUGAAGCGGAGAGUAAGUCUGCCCAGAAUUCAGACAAACACGAGUGUAUGAUCAAUAUCCCUGGUCAGGGAGAACUCAGUGCCGACCAACUAGGAAUGCUACAUACGUAUCUCACCGAGGGAGGAUCUUCCCUGAAAACGGAGAAAUCAGACAGAAUAGAAACUUCCGCUGGAGUCCAAUCUGCUGCAACAACCAUUUCCAAGGUUCCAGUGGAAAGAGAAUCUGCCGAUAAAGCUGUUGGUUCAGACCAAAGUCACGGAAGUCAGACCAAUCGUGGGACAUCCGAAUUUGAUGUUGAUGAAAACGGCCAUUACAGCAUUAUUGAUGGUUCGCAGAUGUCCAAAUCAUCCAGUAGGCAGCGAUUUGUCACUUCAGAAUAUCAAACCAUCGAUUCGUUGAAAGGGUCGGAGGAUGUCAGGACAGGUAAAGAUCCGACGAGAUUCACCAACACUACAGGUACAGGACGAAGGCAGUUUAUUACGUCAGAAUAUCAGACAAUCGACACCUCAGAAACCCAGACAAAUUCCACUUCACAGACAGAAUUUACGACCACUGAGUCCAGUAAAGCUGCAGAUGAGGUCAUCUACAGCCAGGUCAUGAAGAAGAAGAACCAGGUACAGGCCAUAGCUCCCCCGCCACCAAAACAGAUCAGCGUUGUGGAGGAAGAUAAGAUCAGUCUCCGCCCGAUCGGCCCCGGGGUCCAGACUCUGGAGCCAGAGGGUAUGGGAACCAUGGGACGUUCUGGUGCCACAACGCCAAGCUUCCCCGUGAGCCCAGUCGCUUCAGCAGAACAAUUUAUCCAGGCCAUACAGGCAAAAGUUCGCAGAAUGUCCCUUGGAUCUAACCAGGAUUUGCAUGCAACUCCACCAUUCCCUGUGUCCCCCAGGACUCCAUAUCAUAACCAAGCGCCCACGCCGACAAUGUCACCUUCCUCACCAUUUGCUAGCUAUGACAAAGAAGAAGCCUACAAUAAUAUGGUCGCGCGGCAGAUUUGUCGCGGCUCAGACCCGCUUUAUGCUUCCAUCCCUGAAGAUGUCGGGGGCCUCAGACGUUCAGCUGGCAGUGUGAUGAGUCCGUUCAACACAAUGUCAUCAACGACAUCGCAACAACAUCACGUGACCCAGCACCACCAACAACACCAGGUGCAUCAGCAGCAGCCGCAGCCGCAGCCGCAGCAGCAACACCAAGUCAUCCAACAGCAGCAGCAACACCAACAACAUCAACAACACCAACAACAAUUUCAUCAACAAAACCAACAACACCAACAACAAUUUCAACAACAAAACCAACAACCGUUUCAACAACAAAACCAACAACAUCACGGUCAACAUCAGUACCAGUACCAACAGGAGUAUCACACGGGAGGGCGCCACCAGUCUGGGAGUGUGUCCUCACAGGAUGCCAGUCAUGCCCUUCAUGUGGACACUAGCCCUAGGAUGGUCUCCCCUGGAAGCUCUAUGGCCAGGACACCCACCAGCCCGCCAUCGCCGAGCAGUCUGAACACACUAAGACAGCAACUGAGUGUUGGGGGUACCAUGAGCCCGCCUCCCACUCCUAUGACAGGUCAAAGUUCACCAAGUCUCUAUUUUGGUACAUCACGACGAGGCAGCAUCUCUUCACUGGCUGAAUCAGAGCCUGCCCACAUCACGACACCCAGAUUUGUCAAAGACAUGUCAAAGUACUGGUACAAGCCUCAAAUUACACGCGAGGAUGCGAUUAUGCUACUGAAGGACAAACAGCCUGGCUCGUUCGUCGUCCGUGACAGUAACUCGUACCCUGGAGCUUUCGGACUUGCUCUCAAGGUUGCACAGAUCCCACCCAAUGUACAAACCAAGUCAACUGGAGACCCGUCGGCAGACCUUGUCCGACACUUCCUCAUAGAACCGACACACAAAGGCGUUCGGUUACGGGGGAGUAACAACGAACCUAUCUUUGGGAGCCUGGCCUCUUUGGUAUACCAGCACUCCAACACACCGCUUUCAUUGCCAUGUAAACUUAUGCUUCCUGAUGCAGAAACUGUGGCGAUGGAUGGAAGUAGUACUAUGGACAGUUCUGUGAAAUCAGAACUACCGAGUUCUGCUGCAGCACUUCUAGCUCAGGGUGCUGCUUGUAAUGUUCUGUUCCUGAAUUCUGUGGAUACCGAGUCACUGACAGGGCCUCAGGCUGUUGCCAGGGCAAUGAAGGUGACCUUUGACACCCAGCCUUUACCCAAGACAACAGUAGUACAUUUCAAAGUGUCGAACCAGGGUAUUACCCUCACCGACAACCAAAGAAAGUUAUUUUUCCGUCGACACUACCCUGUAGCUGCUGUGACAUACUGUGGUAUGGACCCUGAUGGUCGAAAAUGGAAGAGAGAAACAGAAGCUGGUGCUUUGAUGGAAGCAAGAGUGUUUGGCUUUGUCGCGCGGAAAUCUGGCGGUCACUCAGACAACGCCUGUCAUCUGUUCGCUGAGGUUGACCCCGAACAACCUGCUUCAGCCAUAGUGAACUUUGUAACAAAGAUUAUGAUUGGUCAAAGUGGUAAAGUGAAACCAUAGGAACAUUGACCUUGUGACCUCUGUACCAUAAGACUUACACAAAGUGUGUGAUCAUGGAUGGAGGGGAAAUCUGGGUCAUUCAAAUACAUAUACCGAGUCAAAGACAACAAAGGGCGCAAAUGUUUCCCCGUGUCUUUGGACGAGAGUGUCGUUACUCACGUUACCAUGGAGAUAGAGAAAAAGUGCAGAUCGGUCAAAUGGAAAGAUGGACUGUAGGGCAAUGUUAUAUACAACUACGGCACAGCGCUGUGGUAACGGAGUCUUUGCAUUAGUGUUUAAGACCUCUAUUACCAAUGUGAAUGUUGCUAACAUUUGAACUUGUAUGCAAAUAUAAUCGAAGAAAAGGUUUUUAGUUUUUUGUGCAAAAUUAAGCUUUACAUUAUAUAAGACAUCAUUUUAACUGCUUUUUCUAUAACGAUAUGGAAUCUGUGCAACUCCCUUUGAGUUUUCGAUUAUUCAUGUAACAGCUGUAGUAGCCUUGCUCCGUUUUUCCCCCCCAUUUCGAUUAUUUAAUGCUGAUAUUAAUUAGUCGUACAGGUUGUCGCUGAUAGCUUAACCUGUAAUGCAUUGUUACUAUGGAUACGUGUAUCCAUGGUGAUGUUGGUAGAAACCAUUGGCAUUAUCUGUGUCUUGUUACAACAGAUCUGAUUGGCCAGCUGGCAAAUUUCUGGGAAGAAUGUUUCUCAUAUUUUAAUAUUUUGGUCAAUUUGAUUGGCAGAUAUUUUUUUUCAAAAUGUUAAAGUAAUACAGAAGGUUAAUAUUUUAUGUAUCUUUUGGUUUUCAGUAUAAGAGGCAUGAAACAUUUUUAAAUAUUCAAAAUCCAUUUUGAUGGUCUGAUAUUCCAUCUAUGCACGGAUUUAUCCGAUGUUUUAUGUAUGAGCGGUAACCAUUGAAGUAGUGCUGCAGAGAACUUCCCAGCUAGCCGAACCUUACACAGUUUUCUUUGAUUUAAUGAUAUCAUUGGAUGGUCGUAAAUAUGUAUUUGUUCUGUUGUGUACCUGUUUAUCAUUUUGUUGGUCAAAUCAUGGAUAUUAUUUUGUCUUGUGAAUCUUCCGAUGCCUAGCUCUCUUCCAUAUAAUAAUCUUGUACAACAACCUCCUGUGUCGAUGACACAGUAUAAAUCUGGCAGUACUACCAGUGCUGACAGAAUGGAGGAUAGGCGGGGGUCGAGAAUGUGUGUUCAAAUGCUUUAUCUUGUUUAUAUAACGACACUACGGUCUGCCUCGUUACUAUGGCGACGGUGACGUAGAGUUGUGACGAGCUGUAGAUGUUAUUGUGCAUAUUAUUAUUAUUAUAUUAAUUUACAUGUUGUUAAAUAUGUAUAAGUGAUAAAUAUUGUAUAGUUUUAUUGUAUUUAGUCAGCGAGUUCAUAUUUAUUGAUAUUUUUCGUCAAAGUUUUUUUAACAUUACAAAACAUCCUUUGACCUCAUCACCGAGCCAGAUUUGGCUACACCUGGGUGCUGUAAUGGGUCUGCUACGAUAUUGCCAUUUUUUAAAUUCACAGAUUCAUAUUUACAACCUAGUAAUUGCUUUUACCUAGAUAUACACAAAACAGUGAUCAUUUAUACGGGCCGUUAUUUAAAACGUAAUCUGCGACUACAUACUUUACAUAUAAAAUACAAUACCUAUAUAGUUGUAGAUAAAUAUUCAAGACAACCACAUUUAGUGUUCAUGGUCGUAUUGAACUUCGAGGGAAGACAAACAUACACAAAUAAUUGUCCUCUCUAUAAGCUUUUGACAAAGAAUGUUGAUAUAAUUCCACAAUUAUUAAAAAAAAAAGAUUUUCUGGUUGUAUUAGUGCCUUUUGAAUUCCAUCAACUUGUUAUAUGAAAUUUGUUUAAAAAGAAAGUUUAACAAAACUUCCUAAAUAAUGAAUUGCUGUCUUUGAAUUGAAAUUUGCCUCAAGUUGUUUUAUGGUAUUCUUAAAUUCUCUGAACUUAUGAAUAUUCAUCUGAAUUAUAUACACUAGUACUGAAAGUACUUUAUUUUCAUAGAAAACAUCACUAAUUUUUCAGUUGGUUGUUUCCCCCGAUAAGAUACAUUUGUUUUAAAUCCUAAUUAACUUACUUAUUUAUCCCAAGAGGUAUAUCAUGAGAAGUUUGUGACAAAAUAAUUUUAUCAAGUAUAAAUAUAUUUCUGAAUAUUUUAAAACAUUCAGAAGAGCCAUUACUUCCAAAUCUGUUCACGAAAAUACGAUUUUAUUCAGUUUGUAUAUUAUAUUGGCUUUAUAGCCGGAGUUACCCCAAAGGAAUUCUUCUCCAGAUUUACUCGUACAAUAUAUUACCUCAUAUCUGAUGUUGCCUACAAACUUUUAUCUCGACAUACUGUAUUACACUUUUUGCAUUUGGAAAAUAAAUAAAUAAAGGGGCAUAACUAUUACUUGUACGAAAAGAUAAUUUUGAUGGAACUUCCGUUACAAUAUUUUUUUUUUUUUAAAUUUGCAAUAAUAGUUUUGAAUACUAAGUUUUGCAGUGAAUGUUAUAACUGCGUGUUAAGUCUUUACAACCAGGUUAGCUGUACUCACACUGCUUAAAUGCAGGUCUGGAUGUCACUACCAAGCUCUUUGUAGGAAUGUUACUCGCAUAUGUCAGAUUAUGUGGUUAUAUUUACUGAUGAAAUAAAAAUCAGAUAUUUAUCCA